CCCAUAAAAGGCCCCCGCUGCCCCGUGCGCGUUCGGCGCUGAGAGCCAGAGCCCGCGCGUCCGGCCGUCCGCCCGCCCCUCGCCCACGCAGCUUUCAGCCAUGGCCUCUGGCAAUGCGCGCAUCGGGAAGCUGGCCCCGGACUUCACGGCCACCGCGGUGGUGGACGGCGCCUUCAAGGAAGUGAAGCUGUCGGACUACAGAGGGAAAUAUGUGGUCCUCUUCUUCUAUCCCCUGGACUUCACUUUCGUGUGCCCCACGGAGAUCAUCGCCUUCAGCGAGCACGCCGGGGACUUCCACAAGCUGGGCUGCGAGGUGCUGGGUGUCUCUGUGGACUCGCAGUUCACGCACCUGGCUUGGAUCAACACUCCCCGGAAGGAGGGUGGCCUGGGUCCCCUGAACAUCCCUCUCCUGGCUGAUGUCACAAGAAGGUUGUCCCAGGAUUAUGGGGUGCUGAAAACCGACGAGGGCAUUGCUUACAGGGGCCUCUUUAUCAUUGAUGGCAAAGGGGUCCUGCGCCAGAUCACGGUGAACGACCUGCCCGUGGGACGCUCUGUGGACGAGGCUCUGCGGCUGGUCCAGGCCUUCCAGUACACGGACGAGCAUGGGGAAGUGUGUCCCGCGGGCUGGACACCGGGCAGUGACACCAUCAAACCGAACGUGGAUGAAAGCAAGGAGUAUUUCUCCAAACACAACUAGGCCGGGCAGCAGCUCCCGGACCCUACCUGUGCCCGUGCACCGGGUACCCAGUGCUGAACCUCCCCCCUCCCAGGAAAACCUGGGAGCUGACCUCCCCCCGGCCCUGGACCCUUGAGGGGACUGGAGGGCUAGGCCAAGGGCUUUUCAUGCCCCCACCUGGUGAAGAGUCAUCCCCCUCCCCCGAGCCCGCCCAGCUGGGCACAGGCCUAGAGGUGACCAAUAAAGCAUUAGGGACAGAUGUUAA